GUUCGCGUAAUCGCGUUAUCAUGUUUGAUAUAAAACAAAAUGAAAACACCAAGAAAUUUUAAUUGAUUGGCGCUGGCAAAUAUUUUUGAAAUUUAAAAAAAUUUCACGUAAAAUGUAACAGAUAACAUCCAUCGUAUCUGCUGUUGGAAACUGUGAACUCAAGAAAAACCACUACAUCGCUCAAUAUCGAAUUUGUGCCAGUUAAUUUUUCGUCAUUUAUCCCAAUAUUGCGAAGAUUGACUCAGUUUGGGGGUGGAGUUCCCCCCCUUUGCGACUUCAAUCGUCGCGAGGGAAUAGAAUGGGGGAACUGAUUAUUAGCGGAGAAAGGCCACCGUCUCCAGCACGAUUGACUCACACAUCGGAAAAACAUCCUCGCAAUACGCUCACCGAAUUGAAUGGUUUGCGCCGCCAUCGAGAACUAUGCGAUGUCGUUUUACAUGUCGGAUCUAGGAAAAUUUUCGCUCAUAGGGUAAUCUUGUCAGCAUGUAGUCCUUACUUCAGAGCAAUGUUCACCGGAGAGUUGGCAGAAUCGAGACAAACCGAAGUCACAAUACGAGAUAUUGACGAAUUAGCUAUGGAAUUGUUGGUAGAUUUUUGUUACACUUCCCAUAUCGUUAUUGAAGAAUCAAACGUUCAGACAUUACUACCAGCUGCUUGUCUUCUUCAGUUAGCGGAAAUUCAGGACAUCUGUUGCGAAUUUUUAAAACGACAGUUAGAUCCUUCGAAUUGUUUGGGUAUACGUGCAUUCGCAGAUACUCAUUCUUGUCGUGAUUUACUAAGAAUCGCUGAUAAAUUCACGCAGCAUAACUUUCAAGAAGUAAUUGAGAGCGAAGAAUUCUUACUGUUGCCAAUUACUCAGUUAAUCGAUAUUAUAUCUAACGACGAAUUAAAUGUAAGAUCUGAAGAGUUAGUGUAUAGUGCGGUGAUGUCUUGGGUAAAGUAUAACGUUUCAGAAAGAAGACAACAUUUAUCGCAGGUUUUACAACACGUUCGUCUACCUCUACUGAGUCCAAAAUUUUUGGUCGGUACGGUUGGAUCUGAUUUAUUAAUACGAAGUGACGAGUGUUGUCGAGAUUUGGUCGACGAAGCAAAAAACUAUCUUUUAUUACCUCAAGAAAGACCUCUGAUGCAAGGUCCCAGAACUCGACCUCGCAAACCAACCAGACGCGGAGAAGUCUUAUUUGCCGUUGGAGGUUGGUGUAGUGGAGAUGCAAUCGCAUCUGUAGAACGUUUCGACGCGCAAACCAUCGACUGGAAAAUGGUAGCUCCGAUGAGUAAAAGGAGAUGCGGCGUUGGCGUAGCCGUACUCAACGAUUUAUUGUACGCUGUCGGCGGGCACGAUGGCCAAUCUUAUCUCAACAGUAUUGAAAGAUACGAUCCGCAAACGAAUCAGUGGUGUUGCGACGUCGCACCUACGACAUCGUGUCGUACUAGUGUCGGUGUUGCGGUAUUGGACGGAUAUUUAUACGCUGUUGGCGGACAAGAUGGUGUACAAUGCUUGAAUCACGUCGAAAGGUACGAUCCGAAAGAGAACAAAUGGGGUAAAGUAGCGCCCAUGACUACUCGACGGUUGGGCGUAGCUGUAGCCGUAUUAGGUGGUUACCUGUACGCUAUCGGAGGUUCAGAUGGGCAGUGCCCUCUUAAUACAGUGGAACGGUAUGAUCCGCGGCAAAAUAAAUGGACUAAUAUGGCUCCCAUGUCCACCCGAAGAAAACAUUUAGGAUGCGCGGUAUUUAAUAAUAUGAUAUACGCGGUAGGUGGUCGAGACGAUUGCAUGGAAUUGAGCAGCGCUGAGCGAUAUAAUCCUCACAGCAAUUCGUGGUCUCCGAUCGUUGCGAUGACUUCUAGACGAAGUGGAGUUGGUUUAGCCGUAGUAAAUGGACAGCUUUAUGCUGUAGGAGGUUUUGAUGGCACAGCCUAUUUGAAAUCAAUCGAAGUUUAUGACCAAGAACAAAACCAGUGGCGUUUAUGUGGUUCAAUGAAUUACAGAAGGCUGGGUGGUGGCGUUGGCGUCAUGAGAGCUCCACAAACUGAGCAUUCACUUUGGUGAUGGCGUGUACUUUAUAGUUCACAUUGCUCGUGACCAAAUUAAUGCUUUUGUUACUACUAUAUUAUUUGGAUGGUGGUUUGAAAAUGGACAAUUCGCAUUUAACGCGUUUUUCUCUCGUUUUAAUUCGUCAAAUGUUUUUCUGUGGAAAAAAUCUUUAUUAUGUAUUAAGCCGAUUUUAUGGUUAGCCUGUACCUGAUUGCGAAUUGAUUAUUCAACGAAUUAUUUUCUUUUUUUGAACAUUAUCUCAUCUGACGCUGCUGAAAUCGAUAGCUACCUAUGCAUUAAGUAUUCAGUAUUUUUAUUAGAUGUCAGAACGCUGCUUCAAGUUUGAAACAAACUUUUAAUAUGUACUUAUUCUUUUUUUUUCUCUCUCUCUCUCUUUCUUUCUUUAUGUUGGUAAAUGAUUGGAUAAAAUUUUGAUUUACUCAA